CCUCCUAUACAACAGCCCCUCUCCAGCUCGAGCACAGAUCUUGCAGCUGCGCAUCACGCAGACGACUCGAUGAUGCUAUGGAUGGAUGGAUGCAUGGAUGUAUGGAAAAGUAGAUCGCGGGUAAUUGGUUACAGCAGGUGUGUUUUUCACAGAUCUCUUUAGCUGCUUGCCAUAUUCAGGACCGACGCUACGGAUUUUACGUAGGAUGCGCCGUUACGCUGGGUGCAGCAUCCGUCCAUCUGUACGGCCACGACGCGAAUGAGCUGCAUGCAUGCCUUAAACGAAAUUGCGCGCAUGAAUUUUUCCAGCCUUGUACCGCGGUUAACCGAAUAGCGAUCGAUAUUCACAGUUCACGUCGAUAGCGUCGUGUCUUUUCGUAUUGCGGCGGUUUCAUUUGUUCUGUAUAAAUUGAGCGUUAUUCCGCGCGCCAGUGACGCGCAGCUCGCGCUCCGGGUCUGUGGGAGAGACACAGCAUCAAUUGAAGAGCGCAAAACAUCAUCAGGAGAUCCGUCGAAAUAAGAGAAGGUUGCCACAUGGAAAUGUAUGAUGCGGAUUUGGAUAAUGCCAUAUAGACGCAUGAGAGAAGAACGUGCUGACUCUCACUAAAGCCAAUGCUGACUGUGACCAUUCUGAUGGAAAGCAGAAGAUUCCCAAGCAGCAUCCAGUGCUGUUAACAAACUCCUGGAUUUACACGUUGAUGCCACAAGUUACCUGAUUACCUGAAGUUAAUAGAAAGGGGCAGGACAUGACCCAAUUGCCAUGCAGGCUGCUAUGGUAACAGGCUUUUCCAGCCCCUCCCCCCUCAUCUGGUUGGUCCAAUUGUUGUUGUGGCCAACCCUCCUUGGACCUAGAUUAGCUGAGGCGAGUCCGAGCUGCCCUCCUCCCUGUAGCUGUUCGAAUCAAGCCAGUCGAGUGAUUUGUACCAGAAAAGGUUUAAAUGAAGUUCCACAGAGUAUCUCAUUCAAUACUCGAUACCUCAACCUACAGGAGAACUCCAUACAGGUGAUCAAGUCGGACACCUUUAAGCAUCUAAGUCACCUGGAGAUUUUGCAGUUGUCUAAGAAUCAGAUCCGUCAAAUUGAGGUCGGAGCGUUUAAUGGCCUUCCCAAUCUCAUCACCUUGGAGUUGUUUGACAACAGAUUGCCGCUGGUUCCAUCGCAGGCCUUCGAGUACCUGAGUAAGCUGCGUGAACUCUGGCUGAGAAACAAUCCCAUAGAGACGCUCCCAGCGUACGCUUUCCACCGUGUGCCAUCGCUGCGGCGAUUAGAUCUUGGCGAGCUGCGGAAACUAAGCUUCAUCUCGGAGGUGGCAUUCGAUGGGCUGGAGAACCUACGUUUCCUGAAUUUGGGCAUGUGUGGGCUUAAGGAUGUACCCAACUUGACACCUCUCGUGCGGCUAGAGGAACUGGAGCUAUCAGGAAACCAGCUGGGUGUGGUACGGCCCGGAUCAUUCCAAGGCCUCGUUUCCUUGCGUAAACUGUGGCUCAUGCACUCUCGGAUUUCCGUCAUCGAGCGGAACGCCUUUGACGAUCUUAAGAACCUGGAAGAGCUCAACCUAUCUCAUAAUUCUUUGCACUCGUUGCCCCACGACCUCUUCACACCGCUGCAGCAGUUGGAGCGUGUUCAUCUGAACCACAACCCUUGGGUCUGCAAUUGCGACGUUCUCUGGUUGAGCUGGUGGCUGAAAGAAACCGUACCCGAUAACUCCACGUGUUGUGCACGUUGUCAUGCGCCACCUGGGGCUAAGGGCAGAUACAUUGGAGAUCUCGACCAGCGAGACUUCACCUGCUACGCACCUGUGAUUGUGGAGCCGCCGACCGACCUGAACGUGACGGAGGGAAUGGCCGCUGAGCUUAAAUGCCGCACUGGGACAUCAAUGACAUCCGUUAAUUGGCUGACCCCGAACGGUACCUUGAUGACCCAUGGUGCGUACAAGGUCCGAAUCUCUGUCCUGCAUGAUGGAACCCUGAACUUCACCAACGUGACCAUGCAAGACACAGGCCCAUAUACCUGUAUGGUGACCAACUCUGCGGGCAAUACCACCGCAACAGCCGUGUUGAAUGUUUCUGCGCCUGAUCCAGGCAAUGGCUACAGCUACUUCACGACCGUGACAGUCGAAACCGUAGAGUCGGGGCAAGAGGGACACGAUUCGGCACGGCAGUUUGUCACCGAGACCUUUAUUAGUUUUCCGGGACCGACGGCCGCAUCUGCUUCGCCGGGUCCUACCGGCUCCAUGCUGUCCUCUCUGUCACCCCGAGCCACACGUGCACCCGAUCGCUCGUACACCGUCUCCAUCACAGACGUCGCCAACCUGUCGGGUCUCGAGGACGUGAUGAAGACGACCAAAAUCAUCAUCGGCUGCUUUGUGGCCAUCACCUUCAUGGCCGCCGUGAUGUUGGUCGUCUUCUACAAACUUCGCAAGCAACACCAGCUGCACAAACACCACGGCCCGACACGUGCCAUUGAGAUCAUUAACGUCGAAGAUGAGAUCGGAUCUGCCGGUGGAGCUAGUGGCAUAGCGGGAGGGGGCACCGUCCAUGCGGGAGUAGGAACAGGCGGAGGUGGCCAGAGUCCGAGGAUGCACGAACCAGAGAUCAUGACCUUGCCAAGUGUUGGGCAACCCGAUCACCUGAACCACUAUUACAAAGCUCAUCACUUCAACAACAACAUUCUGGGCUUGAACAUGUCCUCUGCCAUGCUUAACAACAAACCCAACCAAUCCUCUCAAAAUCAGGCUCCAACCAUGAAAAUUUGCGAUGGCUCGACCUCACCUCCCCUGCCGAUUCCCAUUCCCAUGGCGAUGACGUUCCACGGAACUCUGAAAGGUCUCAGUCACGGUCCCAACAUGCAGACUGAGCCACUAUUGCUUUCCAACGGCUCCAAGGAAAGCGUUCAGGAGACGCAGAUCUGAUCGUGCCCACACACACACAGAAAGGAAGGCAGACUGGUUUGUAUGCCAGUGUGACUGUCAACGUCUCUGACAUGAUGGAACUCCGAUUCUUUCCGACAGAUUCUAUGGAAUAUUCCAUUCAAUGAACAGAGAGACAGGCUUUUACAGACGAAGUGGACAUGGCGCUACUGAGUACACACGUGCCAAAGCAAGCGUCUUUUUUGCAGUUCCUAUGAGUUGUGUCCUCGUAUAAAAUAUAGUCUAUAUUAAAGUAGUGUAAUUACAUAAAUGUUGGUUUGCCACAGUCCAGCGACACAAUCACACAGAUGUACAGCAGCUUACAGACCUGUAUACAAGCAUACACACAUUUACACUUCCUGGAGGUUCCAUUAUUCAUCUUACGUCCUCACUAGGUAGUGUACCUGUGUGUGUGCGCGCUUGUGUGUGUGGAAGAGACGGCAUAUGCUGAGACUAAUCCGGAAAUAAAGACUUAAACCGCUGUGAUCCAGAACACAUGCUUACAUUCCCAUCGCUUUAUGACGCCAUUUGGAAUCUAGCACAAGUGAGAAUCCAUUCAUAAGCUCAUUAUCUGAAUUUCAGAAGACACCAGUUUCAGGGUGACAUAUGUUUUCAUUGUACGAUACCCAGAAAGGAGGCAGAGAAAAGGCCUUUCCAUGUGAAGACAUCUUUGUGUGCCGUUUUUUUACUUACACUGUCAUCAGCAGACGUACUAUGGUACCCGCCGCCAGCAAGCAAGCUCUUGUGCAUAUGUAAGUUCGGAGAGAUAUCGAGCGUUUGUUUUCUUGUUAGUGCCAAAUGAAAGAGCGAUGUGUAAGGGCUAAUUCACUGGCAUUGGAUGUUGAUGUGCAGGGUGUCACCGAACGUGUUUGGAAAAGAAAUCCCAUCCCUUGGCUUUCGUUAUCUGACGUACUUUCAAAUGAACGGUGUAGGGUGACACUUUGUGGACUGGGAAUCAGUCUUGUAGGCUCAUUUGAAUUUGAGUCAAGUCCAAGACCGGAUAGUUUUAAGUGCAGAUAAGCUAAAUCUGGAUUUGGUCUUGACUUGGACUCGAAUGAGCCGGUCUCGACUGCUGGGAAUCGAUCUGAUUGGUGAACGGAGGGCAAAAGAGGGAUUUGCGAUCAAUUGAGAAGUAACGUUUGUCCUUGCGUUUCACUAAAAGAUUUCUUUAUUUGUGCAAUGAAUAAGGCCGGGAACGUGUAUUAGGAAAGGUCAAUUUUUAAGAUUAAUCGAGGCUUUGAAAUAUACUGGGAUGUACAGCACAGAGUUUAUCCGAGCUGACCCAGACACACUUUCACACAUUUUAGAUUUUUUAAAGGGAGAAAAUAAAAGUUAUCCUGAAAAUGCUUAGAUUUUUCUGAACAAAGAUUUUGCAAUAUGACUUAAUCUAAUGUAAAGAUUUUCAAGUACUAUACAGUUUAUAGAUUGAAUCGGUGGUCUGUGGCGAAGGUUUAAGCAUCAGGGUUAUUUGUGGACCGAUGGAGCCAUACAACCAACUUCUAGAAGUCGCUGCUGACUACAUAAAGCAUUUUAUUGAUCAAGGUCUUCAUCCUUGAAUAGCUUUGAGUUGUGUAUUAACAAUGUGCAAUGUGCCAUUAAUGGAGUCGAGUACACAUGCGUGUAUCAUUGUUAUUGCUGCAUUAAACUUUAUUCCUUUAUUAAUUUCCAAUUCAUCAUUUUCUUUUUAUCAGAAUGAUGUCGUUAAAACGGAUUGAUCUUUUUCUAUCCCUAAAAGGAUGAAUUACGAUGGGAACCUUCAUAAAUCAAAUUACACCAAACUUGACAAAUUGGGCAAUUUGUUUCUGGAUUUAAUCUAGUUCUCCGCUUCCUAAUUAAUCUUUUUCAUUUAGGCAAACCUUCAUACAUACAUCAGCAAUCUGAGGACAUUAACCCCGAUAUCAGUCAACGGUCCCUCAAAUGUCUGCCUGCUAUUCUUUAAAAUUAAAUUAGGGGAUAAACUCUGCAUUUUUUUUUCUUUUCUUUUAUUGUUUCUCCCUACAGUACAAAAGAUGAUUGUGUUUGAAUAUCCAGUGUGGUUGCUUAGCAACAGCAUCAUUGCCAGGAAAUGCUCUUAAAAGCGUAUUGUAGCAUCUGACCGUCAUCUGCUGAUGGGGAACAUAGGUAAAUCAUAAUUACGUCAAUAUAAGGAGCAGGUUAGUUAAUGUGAGGAACCUGUGUGGGCUCAACAGUAGAAAAUCUAACCGAGAAAACUUAAAAACACAUUGAGAUUUGAAAAGAUGCAAGCUUUUUUUACAAAUGAAAUAAUCACAUGCAGUAAAAUGCUGAUAUGUUUGCGAGUUGAGUGCCAGAUUUGAACCUUUAAGCCUAUCGUGUGCAGUCAGAUGAUGCUGAAAUGACAAAAUGUAUCACGUCUAUGACCGAUGAAACGGUAGAGACAGGACACGAGGGACACGAUUCAAAGAGUAAACCCAUAUAAUACAGCCAGUUACCUCAGUUUCUAACAUCCUUGCAGUUUUCUUGUUUCAAUGAAAAUGUUUGACGUAAUGACAUGUUUCUAUUAAAAAAAAAAUACAAAAGUAAAAGUUUAUAAUUGGUUUUGACUUUAAAGCUAUCAGACAUCAUCUAAAAUCCACAUUGGUAUUGAUUCCAUGGCUUUUUCUUAUAGUUUGAAGUAAAAUCUGAUUCACAGACUGAAGCUUUAAUCGACUAGUCAUGUUUGAAUCUUUAUAUAUUUUAUGAACAUGUGACGUAGAAGGCUAAAGUCAUCAGGAGGUAAAUGAAUUUCUCUGCUUUCAUUCAGCGAGAUGUUCCUCUCUGUGUUUCUAUCCCAUUGCUUUCUCUUGCAUUGGCUUAUGAGAGUUCAUUUCAAAUUUCCCCUGAUUUUUUUCUAUCUCUGAUUUGGUGGUCGCUGUGUAUUUGAGCCAGACGUCAGAUCGUGUUAUGGACUUUAACUCUUUAUGUGGCGGGUCUCUGUUUCUUUCAUCAUCUCAUACUGACCCAUGUGUUCAUGUAUAUAAUCUAAAGAUGUAAAUAUUCUCUAUUUUUUGACGUACCAUUAGCAAAACACAGUUCUUCAGGAUAUGAGGCAGAAUUUUUGGAAAUAUGCAUUUCUCUUUCAGUCUCUUAAUUGGUAAAUCUCAUUGAAACAUGUCCUGGUCAGAUUUCACAUCAAAAUCAAAUAAAAAAAGCCUUUUUAGGAACAUUAACAAUUUUACAUUGUGACAUUGUCAUGACAACUAACCACAUUUAAGCGCCACUUUCCAUUGAUGUUAUAAUGAGAAGUUAACCUUGUGUUAUUUUAAUUCAUAUUAUAGUCUCGAUUUAGAUUUUUAUCGAAUGCUUAUUUCUGAAAUACAUAAAAUAGUUUUUGGUUUACUUUUUAAAUUCGAAUCAACAUAAAGAUGACAAAUAGUUCAAUAAUGCAUACUUUACGGUAAACAUAAUAGCAUAUAACAUCAAAUUACACUAAUGAGAAAUGUCAUGAAAAUGAUUUCACAAUGCAAAAUACGGUUUGGUUAUCAGAAUACCUUCAAUGAUUUCGUUCUUUUGACUUUGAUGUUUAAUGUAAUCCGGACAUGUUUGUGAUAGGUUAAUGCAUACGGUAUAUAUUUCUGUAUUCCCCAGCUGAGAUCUCUCAUCAUCUCUUUUGCAUCCUACAGUACUGCUCCUGUAAUGGCUCUGUUUCAUUUAGCUCUGUUCUUUAUUUGUUUACUUAUUUAUUUGUACUGAAUAUUUUAUGUUUCUUUGGUUUUGUUUUUAUAUGUUGAUGCUGUGUAGGUCAGCUGUGGAGAGUAAGUCGACUGCCCAUCAGUUCUGGGUCAAAGGUUGUGGCAAAUGCUUAACUGUGCGUGUAAGCCUCUGCAGUACGCCAUUCACUACACAGAGACCAUCUUUACCAAUAAACAUGGACAUUUUGGCUUUAG